AUGGGUGUCGAGGAACCAACAAAUAACACCAUGCAAGAGCGGCAGAUCCAACACCAACAGGUGUCUCCAAAGUCAUCUGAUGAGAGUCCGACGGUCGAAAACCAACCCGGUAUAGCCAUCGACUCAGCUUUCGAAGGCCGGGAAUGGCCAGGCCCAGCACAGGUUGCUGCUGUCAUGAUCGCCAUCUGCCUCUCUGUCUUUCUUGUCGCUUUGGACCGCACCAUCAUCGCCACCGCCAUUCCCAAAAUCACGGACCAGUUUCAUUCACUCGACGAUGUCGGCUGGUACGGUAGUGGCUUCUUGCUCACGUCGUGCGCCCUCCUGCUCCCUGUCGGCCGUCUCAUGACAUUCUACUCUCCCAAAUGGGUGUUUCUGACCAUCCUGGUCAUCUUUGAAAUUGGAUCUGUCGUCUGUGGCGUCGCACCGAACUCCGAUGCAUUUAUCAUCGGCCGGGCCAUCGCUGGUAUUGGCGGCGCAGGUAUCAUGACCGGCGGCACCGUGCUGUUGACCUAUACUAUACCUCUGGCCAAAAGACCCAAGUUCCAGGGGUUCAUUGGCAUCAGUUUCGGUCUUGCCAGCGUCGCUGGUCCCUUGCUUGGAGGAGCUUUCACCAGCAAUGUCACGUGGCGAUGGUGCUUCUACAUCAACCUCCCAGUCGGCGCCGUCAGCAUCAUCUUCAUCACCUUUAUCCUCAAGUCCACACCGCCUCCGGGCAAGAAAGAUGUGUCGUUCCUGCAGCAUUUCUUCCAACUUGACCCUCUGGGCACGUUGUUCCUGAUCCCGUCACUCGUCUGCCUGGUACUUGCCCUGCAAUACGGUGGUACCAUCGAUCCCUGGUCGAGUGGUCGGGUAAUUGCUCUGCUUGUCGUCUUCGCCGUUCUUGCUUUGGGGUUUAUUCUGGUUCAGAUAUUCAACAAGAAGAACAGCAUGGUUCCCCACGGCGUCAUCAAGAACCGCGACAUCCUUUCCGGUGCUCUCUACAUGUUCUGCCACGGCGGCGCGCUGACGACUCUGGUCAUCUACGUCCCCCUGUACUUCCAAGCCAUCAAAGGCGUCAGCGCGGUGAAGUCUGGCGUGGAUACCUUCCCAAUGAUCCUGGCUCUGGUCCUGGGCAUCAUCAUGGGUGGUGUGCUGACUGGCAAAAUCGGCUACUACGCACCCAUGGGCUACGUCUGCGUGGUCUUGGCGCCAAUCGGGUGCGGAUUGAUCGCGACCUGGACACGAACCACCAAUCAUAGCAUGUGGAUCGGAUACCAGGUCAUCGCCGGCUACGGUCUGGGCAUUGGGUUCCAGUCGCCUAUGACAGCGGCUCAGACGGUCCUAGCCGACUCUCUUGUCCCGCUGGGCGUCGCUUGCAUCCAAUUUGCUCAGGUCAUGGGUGCGACAGUCUUUGUUGCUGUCGCCCAGAAUCUUCUUACCACUCGCCUAACUUCCGGCUUGGCGAAAAUUCUCCCCGACUUCGAUCCCAACGUCCUAGCAAACACUGGUGCCGUUGAGUUGAGAAGCUUGGUUCCGGCCGCCCAGUUGGAUCAGGUACUGGAAAUCUACAUGCACGCCCUCCGACAAGUCUUCUUCUUGUGUGCUGGGUUGGCGGCUGCCAUCAUCCUCGGUGCCGCAGGCCUGUCAUGGAAGAGCGUGAAGGUGGAGAAACAGGAGCCGAAGAAGCGAGAAGAGGGCUCAGAGAAGAGCAAGGAUGAGGAGGCUCAUUCGGGUGAAGAAUAG